AUGGCAAGCACAUCAAGCUCAGCAGCAAGCAAGGAGCCCGUGUACUUCAGGCUGCCCCUUUCGGAGAAGGAGCUGGACUUGAAGGCCGCAAACAAGAUUCUCUCCAGCGCGCAGACGCGGGAGAAGUUCUUGAAAAUCCUUCAGUAUGGCUCCAAACUUCUCUCCUACUUCUUGCUGCGUUCUGGCAAUGAAUGGGGCAAGCACUUUGAGUCCCUGUCCAAGAACCUGUCCACGGCCCGACGCUUCUUCAAGUUGAUGAGGACUUCCAGUGCCUUGCAGGAUCGCUGCCGACCUUACCGGAUGACCCAAGGCGCACUGAAGGAAAAGAAUGCGCGCUGUGUUCCGGUUAGCUGCUUUUCCCUUGCUGUGGUAGCGGAGCGCCGGCUGCGCUAUGGCCUCCGGGCUCCUGUUGCCUCACACUCACUCUGCUUUCUCAAGGAGAUUUCACUACCGAUGCCUGGCAUGAUGUUCUUCCACGCGAGAACGGGCUUUGGUCCAGACCUCCAUACCACUGCGCACAAGAAUUUCGAGUAUGGGGUCAGCCGGCGAACCGGACCGGCGAACCGGCGAACCGGCAACGGUCCACCCGCCCCCCUCCGGUCAGCCGGUUAG